GUGAGUGUCUGCAGUUAAGAUCAUGUUAAUGAAAGCAUGAAUGAAUGGAUCCGAAAAUCGUGUCUGAAAUUAUGCCAGCUGAAUUAAUAUAUCUACUAAAAGAGUCAUUUAAGGACUUUCCAAGACGAAGCUGGGGAUCUAAAUAUUCUUGAAUGUAUGAAUCUGUACAAUGUACAUAAUACGAGUUCAAUAUCCAUGUUAUUUGAAUGAUCAAAAACAGGGCUUGAGCUGGUUGUAUUUCCAUUGAAUGGAUUUUAUACUGUACGUUACUGGAGUGGACUUUGUUAUUUGAGAGAGACAUGAGUUUGUGCUGUGCAACGAGAUAGCUUAUUCAUUGCAAAGGACUCACACCUUGGAUUUUAAAUGACUUCCUAUUAGAAUUUAGAAAGAACUACCAUCUGAGAAAAUGUCAAGACGCAGUGGCCGCCUCCAAGCAAAAAAUGCAAAAACAGAAGCUCAGGAUGAUAUGGCGAUAACCAGGAAAAGGAAAUCAGAUGAGUGCACUGCAACUGACGAGCAGCAGCCCACUAAAAGAACGCAGCAUUUUGAGAUCCAGAACUGUUGGUCGCCCCAGAUAUCUAAGGGAGUAGGUCCGUGCAUUCUUAUUGAAACUCCUCACAAGGAAAUAGAGUUAAUAGAAGAUUCCUCCAGAUUCCGAAGUUACAGGUUUACAAACUACUUCUUCAGCUCCACGCCACUUCCUGUGCUUAGUUGGGGGGACACUGAUGUCUGGUCAAACAUGGUGAAGAAAGAUGGUACAUACACCCACAACAAACAUUUCUUGCUACUACAUCCAACGCUUCAGCCAAAAAUGAGGACAAUACUUAUAGACUGGCUUUUGGAGGUAUGUGAAGUAUAUUCCCUUCACAGGGAAACUUUCUACUUGGCACAGGACUUCUUUGACCGGUUUAUGUUAACACAAAUAGGUAUCAACAAAAGUAAACUUCAGCUUAUUGGAAUUACUGCACUCUUUAUUGCUGCCAAACUAGAGGAGAUCUACCCGCCAAAGCUGUACGAGUUUGCUUAUGUAACAGAUGGUGCUUGUACUGAUGAUGAAAUCCUGAGUAUGGAGCUCAUUAUGCUGAAGGCACUGAAAUGGGAGCUGUGUCCUGUAACAAUUAUUUCCUGGUUGAACAUUUACCUGCAGAUCUGCUGUGUAGAAAAACAGAACCCAAGCAUGCUGCUACCUCAGUAUUCGCAAGACAGUUUUGUACAGAUAGCACAACUCCUAGAUCUGUGCAUCUUAGACCUAGACUCUCUGGGAUUCCAUUAUCGGGUAUUGACUGCUGCCGCUGUCUUCCACCAUACCUCACUUGAUGAAGUCCGGAAAGCAACUGGUUUAGAUUGGGAAGACAUUUCAGAUUGUGUAACUUGGAUGACACCUUACUUCAAAACUGUACAAGGGAGAGAAGCAGUAAAACUAAAUAACUCCAAGAAGAUCCCAGAAGAAGACAAGCACAACAUCCAGACUCACACAAACUACAUGGAGAUGAUGGAGGAAGUACGCGUCAGGCAGAGUCUAUGUGUGAAAGUGGGUCAGCAGUCACCCGUAUCAGUCAGUGGAAUCCUAACGCCACCAAAAAGUACAGAGAAACACAUCAGCGAUUCAGGACACUGAUUUGAGUGGAAUCCAGUAGGAGAGAGGCUCACCUGGUGUUUUCAAGGUUACAUUGAGCAUCAUCUUGUGAAAGGAUGCUCUCAUGGAGUGAUGGGGGAACUGUGCCCCGACAGAAGUGGAGACAGUUCAGCACUGCAGGAUUAAAGCAUAUGAAAUUCAGAAACCCAGCAAUACUACAAAGACUGAGCUUGCCAAGCCUCAGGCUCCUUGGCAGUAGCCAAAACUAAUUUAUUUAAUUUGUAGACAUCUCUUCAGAAGGAUAACUAACUGUUUUAAUGCCCAGUGAAAUAUAUUUAAGUCCAGUUUCCUUUUCAUUCGAUCUCUGAAUGAAAGCACGGAAGAGAGAGCAGAAGCUGGUGUUCUUUUUGCUUUUUUCCAAUUUUAUGGAAAAAUAUUUAAAUGAAUUGCAAGCACCAUUUAUUUAACAACAUUUCAGAUAUUCAUACCAUUACUGUAUUUGAAAUGUAAACAAAAGAUUGUAUUUUUAGAAACUGAUAAAGGCAGUAUUUGGUAUCUUAUAACUAGGAGUUGUCAUAAGUGAAAAAGUAGGAUCAUGCAGUGGCAAACAGGAUCUCUCAACAGUAGAGUGGAGAAAGAUUCUGCUACAGCAUUAAAUGUGAUCUGUAUUUUUCAUUGAACAGAUGGUAGAUCAUUUUGCUGGGGAUAAACUGUUUAAUAGGAGGGUAACAUUUGCUGUCUGUAGAUGCUGUGGGCACUGACAGUCAGAUUUUCUCUUCUAGGUCUAUUUUCAGGAGUCCUACUGCUGUAGCAAUUACGGUCGUGUUCAUGACUCCUGAAGCUGAUCUGGAC